UAAUUAAUAUGUUCGCAAGCGUUCAUGUGCGUUACAUUGUGUUCUGACAAGUUUAUUUUUAAAUUACAUAAAUGGCUAUUAUAAAUCAAGUUUUAGCGACUGGUGUUGUCAGCUACCUUUGCAUGACGAUGGGUAUUAUGUAUACUUGGCCGUCAUCAGUGCUGGGUCUCUUCAGCUCCUCUAACACGACUCUAAAUAGAGUUAUGUCAGAGACUGAGCUGUCUCUCCUCGGGAGCCUCUCUUCUAUCAGCGCGGUGGUCACACUCCCUUUCUCGGGAUAUAUUUUAGAUAGAUUGGGACGGAAGUAUACGUGUAUCACAUUCUCUUUGUUGCAAGUGUCCAGCUGGGCUAUUGUGAUAGCCUUCAAGACAGUGGAGGCCGUGUUGACUUCAAUUUUCAUCUCUGGUGUUACCAGUUGUACAUUCAUCGUUAUUCCACUGUACGUGGGAGAAUUCUGUCAGGAAUCCAUCCGUGGUUCCAUGGCAUCUGGUGUGAUGAUGUUCUUCGGUAUUGGAAUGCUAAUCUCCUACCUUCUCGGUGGUCUGGUACAGUACGAGAUCAUGAACUACACAUGCCUCACUCUUACUGUCAUUGGAGUACUUCUUCUUUGCUAUGUUAGGGAGUCGCCUUUAAUGCUGAUGAAGAAAGGAUUCGAAAAAGAAGCUGCGAAAUCAUUAGCUCAUUACAGAAGUGUUCCAGUGUCAUCAAAAGAAGUUCAAGAAGAGAUGAACAAUAUCAGAAGGAUACUGAAUCCUCAAUUAGAUGAAAACACCCCUGAAGAAGAAAAAAUGAGACCGGACUUGAAUUCAGUACAAAAAUUAUCGAUUUGGCAAUUUUUCAAAAAAUCCCGCUCAUCGCGUCGGGCCCUAGUCGUAUCUUUAAUCCUCAACUCAGCUGUGGUCUUCCAAGGCCUCGUGGUGGUCCAAGUAUAUGCGCAGCCAUUAUUCGAGCAGGCCAUCCCCAGCAUGUCUGCUACUGUGUCCAGCGUUAUAUUUGCCAUCGUCACUGUCAUUGCCGGCUUCUUGGCCGCGUAUUUGGUGGAAGCUUUGGGGCGAAAGGGCCUGAUGAUCUACUCCUCUAUAUUGGCUGCAAUAUGCUGCGUCAUUCUGGGCACCCAGAUUCAGUUCACAUGGGGUCCUCACUGGGUGGCCGCUCUCUUUAUAUAUUUGUAUUGUGUGGUGUAUACAAUCGGAGCCGGAACCAUACCAUAUAUUUACAGCGCAGAGGUGUUUUUGCCUGAGAUCAAAACAUUUGCUUCCAUGUUGAUAAUGGAAUGGACAUUCAUGUGUUUCUUUGUCGUUCUUUUUAUAUUCAAUCCUCUUGUUAACUGUAUAGGUCUCGGCGGAGUCUUCUACAUAUUUGCAGUAGUAUGUGGCUUAACAUCAAUAUUUUGUGUAUUUUUCAUGCCAGAAACUAAGGGUCUAGCCGUGGACGCGAUACAACUGAAAUUCGCUACUCCUAGAGCUCGUAAUAAAGUGUAAUAAUGUUUGAUUAACCUAAGCUUGUAAUAUAAAUAAACUGAUAGAAGACUGUAUAACACGAAAU